CACGUGUUUAAGCUGGAACAAGAAGAAUACAUGAAGGAGGGAAUCCCUUGGACUCUGAUAGACUUCUAUGACAAUCAGCCAUGCAUAGACCUCAUAGAGGCGAAACUUGGUAUCUUGGACCUACUGGAUGAAGAAUGCAAGGUUCCCAAAGGCACCGACCAGAACUGGGCGCAGAAGCUGUACGACCGACACGCGGGCAGCCAGCACUUCCAGAAGCCCCGCAUGUCCAACACCUCCUUCAUCGUCGUGCACUUCGCCGAUAAGGUAGAAUACCAGAGCGAGGGUUUUCUGGAGAAGAACAGGGACACCGUGUAUGAGGAACAGAUCAACAUCCUGAAAGCCAGCAAGUAUCAAAUGGUAGCAGACUUGUUCCAAGAUGAGAAGGAUACUGCAGCCACCACUCCCAUGGGAAAGGGAACAUCCAAAAUCAGCGUCCGAUCUGCCAGACCAGUGAUCAAAGCUGCCAAUAAGGAACACAAGAAAACCGUGGGACACCAGUUCCGCAACUCGCUGCAUUUGCUCAUGGAGACCCUGAACAGCACCACCCCGCACUACGUGCGCUGCAUCAAGCCGAACGACGAGAAGCUCCCCUUUAAAUUUGAUCCGAAGAGAGCGGUGCAGCAGCUGAGAGCUUGUGGAGUGCUGGAGACCAUCCGCAUCAGUGCAGCUGGCUUCCCAUCCAGAUGGUCCUACCACGACUUUUUCAACAGGUAUCGUGUUCUUAUGAAGAAGAGAGACCUCUCUAAGAAUGACAAGAAGCAGAUCUGUCAGACCCUGUUGGAAGACCUCAUUAAGGAUCCAGACAAGUUCCAGUUUGGACGUACCAAGAUCUUUUUCCGUGCAGGCCAGGUGGCAUAUCUGGAGAAACUACGAGCAGAUAAGUUCAGAGCUGCCACCAUCAUGAUUCAGAAGACGGUGCGGGGCUGGCUGCAGAGGGUCAAGUACAAAAGGCUGAGACAAGCUGCUGUCGUCAUCCAGCGCUACACGCGUGGGCACCUGGCACGGAGGCUUGCCGAGCACCUGAGGAGGACAAGAGCUGCCAUCGUCUUCCAGAAGCAGUACCGAAUGCUGCGGAUCCUCCGAGCUUUCCAGAGGGUCCGCAACGCCACCGUCACCAUUCAGGCUUUUGCUCGAGGCAUGUUUGUCAGGAGGCUUUAUCACAAGAUCCUCGCGGAGCACAAAGCUACCAUCCUCCAGAAGUACCCCCGCGGCUGGCUGGCCCGCACUCGCUUCCGCCGCGUCAGGGGUGCCACCAUCGUCCUGCAGUGCUACUACCGACGCAUGAAGGCCAGGCAGGAGCUGAAGGCGCUGAAGAUCGAGGCCCGCUCGGCACAGCACCUGAAGAAGCUCAACAUUGGCAUGGAGAACAAGGUGGUCCAGCUUCAAAGGAAGAUCGAUGAGCAGAACAAGGAGUACAAACUUCUGAACGAGCAGCUCUCUGUGCUCACGUCUGCCCACUCCUCCGAGGUGGAAAAGCUGAAGCGGGAGCUGGUCCAGUAUCAGCAAAGCCACCGGGGUGAUGGCAACCAGCUUGUCAGCUUGCGAGAAGAGAUGGAGCACCUCCGGCUGGAGCUUGAGAAAGCUCAUGGUGAGAGGAAGGUUGUGGAAGACACCUACAGUAAAGAGAAAGACCUGCUGAAAAAGCGCAUAUCUGACUUGGAGGAAGAAAAUGCUCUCCUGAAGCAGGAAAAAGACGAACUUAACACCAGGAUCCUAUGUCAAUCUGAAGAUGAGUUCGCACGAAACACAGUUGAGGAAAAUAUCCAGAUGAAGAAAGAGCUGGAAGAAGAGAGAUCUCGUUAUCAGAAUCUGGUAAAAGAGUAUUCAAGACUGGAGCAGAGAUACGACAACUUGCGUGAUGAAAUGACUGUUGUAAAGCAGGCACCAGGGCACAGGAGGAACCCAUCCAACCAGAGCAGUUUGGAGUCCGAUUCCAAUUAUCCGUCCAUAUCAACCUCUGAAAUCGGAGACACUGAGGAUGUCGUACAGCAAGUGGAGGAGGUCGAGUUGGAGAAGGCUGCCAUGGAUAUGACCCUCUUCCUAAAGCUGCAGAAGCGAGUGAGAGAUCUCGAGCAGGAGAGGAAGAAGUUACAAACCCAGCUGGACAAAAAGGAGCAACAGAGCAAGAAAUCCCAGGUAGCUGAAAUGAAGACUGAAGUGCCUUCAGACCAUGAAGAUUUUGCAUACAACAGUCUGAAGAGGCAAGAGCUGGAGUCGGAGAACAAGAAGCUGAAAAAUGAACUUAAUGAGCUGAGGAAGGCUAUUGCAGACCGAGCAACCCAGAACAACUCCUCCAAUGAUAUUCAGGAUUUUAAUCAGCUGAAAUCGGCCAACGAGGAGUUGGAAGUGCGCAAGGAAGAGGUGCUCAUCCUGAGGUCGCAGAUUAUGAAGGCAGCCCAGCAGAAAGAGACGGGGAAAAACAUGGACAGUGUCACGACCAAUGCCAGCUGGCCCAACAGUGACAAGCACGUUGAUCAGGAGGACGCGAUUGAAGCCUACCAGGGGAUGUGUGAGACAAACCGCAAGACUGAGGACUGGGGGUAUCUCAAUGAAGAUGGCGAGCUCGGCUUGGCUUAUCAAGGUUUAAAGCAAGUUGCCAGGUUGCUGGAAGCACAGCUCCAGGAUCAGAGAAGAGAGCAUGAGGAGGAGGUAGAAGCUCUGAAGAACCAGGUGGAAUUAAUGAAAGAAGAGCUGGAGAAGCAGCAGCAGGCUUUCCUGCAGAACCUGCAGCUGUCUCCAGAGGCCCAGGUGGAGUUUGGACUUCAGCAAGAAAUCACACGUCUCACCAAUGAAAAUCUGGAUCUGAAGGAGUUGCUCGAGAAGUUGGAAAAGAAUGAAAAGAAGCUAAAGAAGCAACUGAAGAUUUACAUGAGGAAGGUCCAAGAUUUUGAAGCAUCCCAAGCCACGGUGCCAGCAGAGAGGAGGCAGCAUGAGCGUAACAUGCAAGUUACUGUCCAGAGGAAGGAGAAAGAUUUUCAGGGCAUGUUGGAAUAUUAUAAAGAAGAUGAGCCACUCCUCAUUCGAAACCUCAUUACAGAUCUCAAGCCCCAGACAGUGUCUGCCACGGUUCCCUGCCUUCCUGCCUACAUCCUCUACAUGUGCAUAAGACACGCGGAUUACAUCAGUGACGACCAGAAGGUGCACUCUUUGCUCACCUCCACCAUCAACGGCAUUAAGAAAGUGCUGAAGAAACACAACGAUGAUUUUCAGAUGACGUCGUUUUGGCUGGCGAACACUUGUCGCCUCCUGCACUGUUUAAAGCAGUACAGUGGAGACGCG